CCCAAGUUCUUCGAAGUUCCCCUUCGUGUUCCCUUGCACGGAAAACUUUUAUGAAACUAACAGCCUGAAGAGAAGUUAAAUACGGACGGUCAAGACACAAAAAUGGGACAGACUCUUAGUCAACCGAUAACAUCGAAGAAGUCAGCCUGUUGCUGGGACAUCAACUACAGAGUGGGUAGCUCCUGUAUGCAGGGAUGGCGUAUUAAAAUGGAAGAUUCGCAUGUGCAUAUACUCUCCUUACCCAAUGAUCCAGAUACUGCGUUCUUUGCAGUGUACGAUGGACACGGAGGUGCAUCCAUGGCGCAACAUGCUGGGAAGCAUCUCCACAAAUAUAUCAGCAAGAGAAGCGAGUACAAGUCUGGCAAUAUUAUGCAAGCUAUACAGCAAGGCUUCUUGGAACUGGAUAAAGCGAUGCAGAACGACGCCGCGCUUAAGGACGAGCCGGCCGGGACUACCGUCAUCGCUCUCCUCGUCAAAGAUAACAUUUUAUACAGCGCUAAUGCAGGUGACAGCAGAGCGGUGGCGAGCAUCAACGGCAAGACGGUUCCUCUCAGUCGAGAUCACAAGCCCACGUUGAAGGACGAGCGCGCGCGGAUCGAAGCCGCGGGCGGCUUCGUCGAGUACAAGAGAGUAAACGGCAAUCUAGCUCUGUCACGCGCACUCGGGGAUUUCAUGUUUAAACGAAACGAGCGGAAAUCACCGCAAGAACAAAUUGUCACCGCCUUUCCUGAAGUACAACAGUUCCCUAUUACCGAGGACUGGGAAUUCGUGAUUCUGGCGUGCGACGGCAUCUGGGAUGUGAUGACUAGCGAGGAAGUCGUUAACUUUGUGAGAACGCGUUUGGCCCACACGAAGCUGGGAGAGUCGCAAACGACGAAAAACGACAACAUAUAUCCCGAGGAGAUCUGCGAGGAACUUUUGAAUCACUGCCUGGCACCGGACGCUCUGAUGGGUACCGGCUGUGAUAACAUGACAGUGAUACUCGUGUGUUUUCUCCACGGUAAACCGUGUUCGCAGUUGGUCCUGCGUUGUCAAGAACCGUCAAGUAUAGAUCCUUAACCUUCUUAGGUAUACAUAGUGAUGUUUUAUUACUUUUUAUCUAAAUUAUUCGUACCUUAUUUUAUUCUCGCGUCGGUGUAAUCUGACUUUUGAUAUAGAGAUAUUUGUUACGCAAUAUAUAUAUAUAUAUGUGAUAAGUGUGCAAUAUAUAUAUAUAUAUAUAUAUAUAUAUAU